CAGAGAUUGAAGGACACAUGAUAUUACGAGUCUACUUCUAUUACUUACUGGGUGUGAAGGGUUUGUUUUGGGCUGAUUCAUGUUUUUUCUGACCAGGGGAAUUUAAAAUAUGAGGAUAAUUUUGGAAGACAAGUGAUCAUGAGAUAUUACUUCAUUCUUUUGCUUUUCUCAACAAUAUCCUGCUCCUCUGAUGUGGACGUUGUUCAGGAAGAUGUAAAAAUAGUUCGAGCUGGAGAAGAUGUGAAUCUUACCUGCAACUUUUUACAGUUCCUGCAAUCAACAAUAUGGUUUAAACAGACGGCUGAAGGAAAAUCCUUACAAAUUGUGUAUUUAUAUCUUGAACAACCCAGUUGGAAUAAGGACUUUGAGAAAACAAAUCGUUUUAAUGUUUCCAAAGGAGAUGAUCAUUUUAAUCUGACCAUUUUAAAGACAAAGCCUUCAGACUCAGCAACAUAUUACUGUGUAGUCACAUCAUAUUACAGCAUGGGAAUGGGUGCAGGAACUAGAUUACUUGUCAGAGAUGCAGCCGUAGCACAAAUAACUCUUCAGCAGUCUUUGAUAGACACGCUUCAUCCAGGAGAUUCUGUGAAUUUGCAGUGCAGCAUCUUCACUGAGAGUUGUGCAGGAGAACACAGCGUCUACUGGUUCAGACAAAGCUCGGGAGACUCUCAAGGAGUCCUUUACACCAAAGGAGAGAGAAAUGGUCAGUGUAAUAAGAGCAGUGAGUCUCAAACGCAGAGCUGCGUCUACAAUCUCCUCAAGAGCAACAUCAGUCACUCUGACACUGGGAUUUACUACUGCGCUGUGGCUGCAUGUGGAGAGAUACUGUUUGGAAAAGGAACUCAACUAAAUUUUAAAGUGAGUGGUGAUCUGAAUCUAACUCUUGCUCUUGGAAUUUUAAACAUCAUAUUUUUGGCUCUUGUUGUUUUUCUGGGAAUAAAACUAUGCAGGACUCAGAACAAAGUGUCCACACCUCAAGAGAGUCAAAAUGAAGACACCAUGAAUUAUGCAGCCAUUAGUUUUGCUCAGAAACCUCUGAACUCUAGAAGAACCAAAUCAAAGAUCAUUCAGGAUCAGUCUCUGUACGCUCAGGUCAGAUCACAGCAGUAACAUCCAGAACUUUAGAGGAGCAUUUACUUAUUAUUUGACUCCAUCCAUUUAAUUUGUCAGAAUAAUUUUUUGUCAAAGUGUUUAUUGACUUUCUUUUGAGUAUACUGUAGUCUGAUCAUUUUUACUGCAAUGAAUUUAUCUCUGCCUACACAACUUUGGUCAUAUACUAUAGCGUACUGGGGAAUUAUUUUCUCCAAAAAAAAAAGGAUCAUGUUCAGUAUUUAUGUGAGUAUAACAUAUGAGUAUUAUUUAAGUGUUAAAAUUAAUGGUUUGACAGUGUUUUAUUACCUAAAAUAACAAUAACUUACAAUGUCUUCAAAAUAUGGAGAUGAGCUGUUGGUGGCCACAUUUUAAUUUCUUUGUUUGUGGGAGUUGUGGGAAAAGAAAGGUAGUGUGUUUUGGUGGUGUGCUCAUUGAUACUUUUGUGUAUUAAUGCAUGGAUUUUAUUAGACUGUGUUUUUUGUUUUUUGUUUUCUGGGCAACUUUAUAACUUAUUGUUAUGAAAUGUUCUGUUUUACGGUCUCCUUAUGAAUUGCUUGUGUGUAUGCUUUAUAUGCAUCUGCUAAAUGAAAAAUGUAUAUGCAUGUAAUGUGAAUUUGUUCAGAUGUGUUAUGUUGUUUUAAUUCUGUUAAAGAUUAGUUCACUUUCAAAUGAAAAUUACCCCAAGCUUUACUCACCCUCAAGCCAUCCUAGGUGUAUAUGACUUUCUUCUUUCUGAUAAA